GUAGAAUAUGCGUUGUAAUAAUAUAAAUGCAGAUGGAAAAUCAAUUUGGGUUUAUUUGGGCCCAUCAAGCACGUCUUCCCGAAUUUCUCCUAUCAGACAUUUUCAUACCAGCAUUGCUCUAUUAUGGAGAGCUCAGGCGAACCCGACAGCGACCUCUAUACCAUCCCCAGUUACACCAGCUGGUUUUCGUGGAAUAGCAUUCACGAAGUAGAGAGGCUGUCGCUGAGAGAGUUCUUCGAUGGGAGCUCGAUCACACGGUCUCCCAGAAUAUACAAGGAGUACAGGGACUUCAUCAUCUUCAAGUACCGGGAGGAUUCGGGCAGGAAGCUCACAUUCACGGAGGUGCGGAAAUCUCUGGUAGGAGACAUCUGUGUGCUCCAAAAGGUCUUCACGUUUCUCGAGAAGUGGGGGCUAAUCAAUUUCGAUCCAAGUAAACCAGAGCCAGUUCAAGCUGGGGCGGAAGAGGAGGUGGAAGAGGAUGAAAAGUGGAGGGUUAGGGUUGAGGAAGGGGCUCCUUAUGGGGUGAGGAUUAUUGCCACUCCGAAUUCGAGUAAGCCCCUUGCUCCUCUGCCGCCAGCAUUGGUUGUUGCUGCUUUUGGGGCCCAGAAUGUGGUCAAAAUGCCGCCCUUGGCAUCGUACUCUGAUGUUUAUGGUGAGUUACUGGAGCAGCAGAAAGAAUGUAUGGAGUGUGUCCACUGCAAAGAGCACUGUGCAUCCGGGCAUUACAAAUGUAUCAAGGAAGGGGGCUUCAUGUUAUGUGAGAAUUGCUUCAAAGACGGUAAGUUUGAUAAGGAUAAAUCUGGGGAUGAUUUCAAGUUUGUUGAAAGUGGGAAUCCUCAGGUUGUCUGGACUGAACCAGAAACUUUACUCCUAUUUGAGUCCAUUCUCAAGCAUGGAGAUGACUGGGAUCUUGUUGCUGAAAACGUGAAAACAAAGACCAAACUUGAAUGCAUCUCAAAGCUUAUAGAACUGCCGCUUGGUGAUCAUAUGCUGGUUUCUGACAACAAGAAGAAUAAACUUAUGGAUUCAAAUGGCGAUGUGAAUGGUUUUGAACUGGCACUUCUAGCUUCAAGUGAGCCCCAAGUAACUAUGAGAACCGAGCUUCAACCCAAUGACAGUAAGGUGAAGAGAACAGAACCUCAGAAUGGGCCACAUAAUGGGGAUGAUGAAAACCAAGGACAACCUAUGAAGAAAAGAUGCAGCCUGCCAACAAUUUCAGGACCUAGCUGUUCAUUAAUGGAGCAGGUAGCCGACAUCUCAACUGUUGUUGGUCCAUGGGUUGCCUCAUCUGCAACAGAGGCCGCUAUUACCACACUUUGCUAUGAAAACCAGUGUUCCAGGGAGAUAUUCAAUGAUAUUGAAAGUCUUGAUGAUAAAUUGAGAUCUGACCUUUUAAAUAAUGAAAAGGAAAGGUAUCAUCAAGCAGAAGGGGAUGAGAUUGGCGAAACAAGUUCAGAUAUAGACAAGGAUAAAAGAUGCUCCCAGAAGAAGAGUACUACUAUACCUCUGAUGCUACAGAUGAGGGCUGCAACCGCUACUGCACUUGGUGGUGUUGCCGCCCACUCAAAGUUAUUAGCUGACCAGGAAGAGAGAGAAAUGGGAUAUUUGGUAUCAACUUUAAUUAAUACCCAGCUUAAGAAGUUGCAAUGCAAAAUUAACCAUAUGGAAGAGCUUAAGAUGAUAAUGGGAAAUGAGCGAACGGAGAUGAAGGAAGUGGAGUCAGACCUAAUCAAUGAACGAAUUGAGGCCUUGCAAAGAAUGUUUAGUAAUGGGACUGCGCCGGCCAAACCCAGAGUUGAGUCUACUACAAAUAUGGGGCUGAAUUCCCAGCAGUCAGUAUAGAGCAACGCUGCUGUACUGCUUGGUGUUUAUUUUCCUUUUAUGCGAAGCAGAUGCAAAGUCAUUCAUUACUAGGUGUUUUUGAAAAACAAAUUGAGUUAUUUAAUAAAAUAUUCCUGAUAGAAAACUGUGUUAUUUAAAAGUUUACCACAACAAUAACCUUUUAAAAAAGCUCAAUUACAAAGGCGCCAAGUUUUUUAUUGUCUGC